AUGGCGCAUGGCACGCCGACGCUGGCGUCCGCGUCGAGCGGCGCCGCGCGGCUCCAGCCAUCGUAUCGGCGUGUCGAGGCGGAGGAGCUGGAGGCGGUGAGCAGCGCGCCGAGUGUGCACGAUGUGCACAUGGUGCAAUACGGCUACCAUGACGGCAGCUCGCAGCAUCUGCCGCCCCACCUCGUGCGGUAUAUUGAGCCGACCGAGGGCGAGUUUGAUCUGCAGGUCGAGUACGAUAUGGACGAGCAGGACCAAGCGUGGCUCGCGCAGACCAACGCCGAGCGCCGCGGCGAGCAGCUCGACCAGCUGUCGUGCGAGGCGUUCGAGAUUAUCAUCGACCGGCUCGAGAAGGAGUGGUUCCAGCUGGUGAAGCGUAUUCCCUCGCGUUUCUCGAUCGGCGCGGCGGAGGAUGACGACGAGUUUCCCGAAGACUCGAUCUGUGCGAUUUGCGACGACAGCGAGUGCGAGAAUCUGAACGCGAUCGUGUUCUGCGACGGAUGCAACCUCGCCGUGCACCAGGACUGUUACGGCAUUCCCUAUAUCCCCGAAGGGCAGUGGCUGUGCCGCAAGUGCACCGUAUCGCCCGACCGCCCGGUGUCGUGCGUGCUGUGUCCGGUCGAAGGCGGUGCAUUCAAGCAGACGACCCAAGGGACCUGGGCGCACUUGCUCUGUGCGAUGUGGAUCCCCGAGACGGGCGUCGGCAACGCGGUGUACAUGGAGCCGAUCGACGGCGUGAGCGAGAUCCCAAAAGCGCGCUGGCGCCUGCGUUGCUACCUGUGCAACAAAAAGAGCGGAGCGUGCAUCCAGUGCGAGCACCGCUCGUGCUUUACUGCCUUUCACGUCAUGUGCGCGCGGCGCGUGGGGCUGCUCAGCAAGGCAAAGCGCCACCGCGAGGAGAGCGACCACGAGAACGAGGAGCCCCAAACGCUGACGGCGUACUGCCACCACCACCUUCCCCACGAGGAAAAGGCGGCGCUCAAAGCGCGCGUGCGGGGCGAGGACGACGACGGGAGCGACUCGGACGUGUCUACGCGCGAGCUUGCGCUGAACCGCCCGGCGCGCACCGGCGCGUACGAGUCGAUUGCGUCCAAGAGCGCGAGGGCGUACAAUAAGCUCUACAGCGCAGGGCCGCUUCCGGUGCCCAACUACAUUGUGCACCGCGUCCUGGAGUACAUCCAUCGCAUUCCCAUCCGGAAAAAGGCCCAGACCGUGGCCCAGAUCGUGCGGUACUGGAGCCUGAAGCGCCAAGAGAUGCGGGGCGCGCCGCUCCUCAAGCGCCUGCACAUUGAGCCGUGGACCGUCGGCAACUUUGUCGACGAGCGCACCUCUGCGCUCAAGCUCGCCAAGCUGCAGUAUGUGUACCGCCUGCGCGAGGACCUCGAAAAGGUGCGCCUCCUCGCCGAGCUCGUGCGCAAGCGCGAGAAGGAAAAGCUGCGCCAGGCGCGCCUCUUUCAUACCAAUGUCGUCCAAGGCGCGAUGCUCGGGCGACAGACCCAGAUGCGGCACACGCUCGAGACGCUCAUGGCGCUCGACAAGGCCAGCUGGUUCCUCCAGCCGGUCUCUACCGAGGACGCGCCGGACUAUUACGAGUGCAUCGCCGAGCCGAUGGACUGGUCGACGAUGGCCGCACGCAUCGCCUCGUUCACCUACGCCACGUCAGCCGAAAUGGAGCACGACGCGCGAAAGGUGUGCACGAAUGCGAUGGAGUACAACCGCCCGGACUCGGCGAUUCACAAGGCCGCAGCCAAGAUCCUCAAGAGCCUCGAGAGCAUUUUUGCGCCGCUGCAUGCCCUGCUCGACGACGACGCGCUCGGCCUCGAGCCGCCGCAGGCGGUCGUCGAGAUGCUUGCGGCGCCGCCAGACGCGCCGCCGAGCGACGACGUGCCGAUCGGCGCGCCGGACGCCUCGACCAGCACCGUCGACGCGUUCCUUGAGCAGUUUUACUAUAUGGUGCACAAAGCGCCGACGCCCGAGCCCGAGCCCGAGCCGGAAAAGACCGUCAAGGCGCCCCGCGUCAGGGCCCCGAAGCCGGUCGCGCCGCCGACGCGCCGCAGCGGACGCCACGCCGCCGAGCCCGAGAUGCCCGCGACCGAACCGUGCGUUUUGAAGGAAAUGGAUAAAAAGGACUCGUUCAAGUACUUCAACACCGGUUGGCUCCUCCCCCCGGGCGCGCGACGCAAUAAUCGGCCCAAGCCCCCACCGGUGGUGCGCAAGGACCGGAAACGCACGUCGCGGACGUGA